AUGCCGCCCGCUCCGAAAUCUCUGCCCGGUCUGCCCGCCAAUUACACCCCUCAGUGCUUCAGCAAUGACAUCGUCUCGAAGCUUACAGACUCUUCCUUCAGGGCUCGUGUGGUGAGAUGCUGGACAGACGAAGAGGACUUCUCCAUGCCCGAGCUAGCGCCAGGGGAGUUGCCUCACCCUCUUGAUCGUCCUCUCCUGCGCGGAGAAGUGGGCAUAUCAGUCAACGCCAUGCCCCACCCCAUCCUCGCCAUCGUACCCGAAUCUUCGCUCGUCCUGUACCAGCGCGAGUUCCACAUUGGCGACAUCGUCAAGCGCUCCCUGACAGCUGUCGAAUCGGCAGUAGUCGUCGCAUGUACGACCGAGGUGCAGGUGGAGAAUGCGAUAGACGCGCGGAAGUUCAAGGGAUGGAUACCGUGGGACAGGCUCCGGAGCGAUAUGGCGAUCGAAGCGAGGGAUAGGGUCAUGUAUGGGGAAUGGGUGGGGAUUGUCGAGGAGGUCUUCGAGGUAGCCACGGUCAGGGCGAUGGCCUCAAACAACAUGUACCAUGUCCGGGCCAGUGGAGGCGUUCUCGAAGUGGGCAGGACCGUUGCCGUGAGCUUCGACGAGACAUUUAUCGAUGACCGACGGCCGCCUGCGCUGCCCAGCUCCGCUCAGCCCAACUCGGACCUGGUCGUUGAGGUGCACGCCGAGAUUGUCUUUGUGACGUGGAAUGCCAUCAACCAAGAACUACCCAACUCCGAGCAUGACAAGCACCCCGAGCCCGAGCGGUUCUGGCACAAUGCCGAUAUUGAGAAACUCACGAUACUCGACUCGACGCGCUAUGCCCCCGUCCAGCUCGGCGCAAUCGCGAAGCUCCGCGACCCGAAAGAUCCGCUCGCUUCGUCGCUACCGGGUUGGCCGCCCGCGUAUCCGCGGCUAAACGCUGCCACCGGUGCUAGUGCCGAUAGGGGCGGAGUCAAGGCGUUGAGGGUGACGGAGUCGAGGUCGAAAUUGAGGCUCAGGUGGCAGGAUGGGAAGGAGACGGACGAUUGGUCCUCGUCUUUGGUGCCUUAUCGGAACGUUGAUGACUACGAAUCAUGGCCGGGAGAACACCUCGUUUGGCGGGACGAUACCGGCCAACGUCGGCCUGUCUGUAUCCAAUCUUUCGAUCCACACAAGCGCGUCGCGGACGUCCUCUUCACCGACGAUCACACUCGAUCUACUGUCUCGGUACUGGAGCUUGAUACUGGCGGGCCGGGCAAGAGCAACUACGGUGUCGGGUUCGGCCAGCAAGUUCUCUUUUGCGCGGACAACGAUUCGCCUUUGCCCGAAGUGCCAUCUCUGGGCCAAAUGGGACCGCCUCCACCGUGGGCGCACGUCAAGCUCGUUAAUCUCACGGACACGCAUAUCGGCUAUACAGACGCGGCUGUCGUCCCGCGUGUAGGAAAGGGCGAUCUCAAGGCGAUCAGGUGGUGGGGCGAAGUCGUGGAUCUACACCUCGAUGGGACGGUCUCGGUCCGCUUGCCCGGUGACGAGAUACGGCAAGCGGGGAUUAAGGAAUUGAUCCUCCUCAACGAUCCCUUGUCGGAGGAUGUCAUCGGAGACGCGGGGCUGGAUGGAGAGGAUUUCCCGAUGGAAGGAGAGGAGGGGUAUGACGGGAGCGAUGGAGGAUGGGAGACGGAUGAUGGGAGUGACAUGGGCAUGGGUGGUAUUGGCAGUCUUGCCAAUAGCGGCCUGCAGCCUAUACUGAACCUCCUUCACGCGGCGGUGAAUGAAGCUCAAGGGGUGGAGGUGGCAGAUAUCGAGCUGUCGGGGAGCGAGAUGGACGUGGAGGAGGUGGAUCCGAUGCUAUCAGCGACGGACGACGAGGACGAGGGGGAUGGAGAUGGGGACGUGACACUGCGGGAGGAGCCGGAGAAGCAGGCGGAAGCGGGACCGUCCAAGCCGAAACCGUCCAGCGGACUGGCAGCGCUAGCGGGCGAGGCAUGGCAGAGCUUCGAUGUGCUCGAAGAGGCCCCGGCGGACCAUCACUUCAUUUCGGAACCGAGGGAAGGCACAGCAAAGGCGUAUCACUCGAGGUUGCAAAAGGAGCAUCGGGCGCUUAUGACCUCUCUUCCAGAAAACAUCCUCGUCCGGACGUAUGAAGACCGCUCGGAUCUCAUGCGCGUCCUCAUCAUCGGUCCAGAGGGGACGCCGUACCGAGACGCGCCGUUCGUGUUUGAUGUGUACCUCUCGCCGACCAAGUUCCCACAAGAACCGCCGAUCGUUUUCUUCCACUCUCAUACGAAUGGCAAGGGAAGGUGCAAUCCCAACUUGUACGAAGAUGGAAAGGUCUGCUUGUCGGUGCUUGGGACAUGGGCAGGCGAUAAGAGCGAGUCUUGGAGUGCCAAGAACUCCUCAUUGCUCCAGGUCUUCGUCUCGAUAUCUGGACUCGUCCUCGUCAGACAUCCAUACCACUGCGAGCCGGCGUUCGCCAAGCUGGAAGGGACCAGAGAAGGUCGCGUCAACUCUCGGCACUAUUCGGAGAAAGCCUACGUCCUCUCCCGCGCAUUCAUCCGCCAAGCUCUCGCCCAUCCACCAACCGGUCUCGAGAAAGAGCUCAACUACUUUUACCAUACCCGAGGCAAAUUACAGUCCGUCAUCGACCACGCUAAGGCAUUGAUGGACAAGGGGGAUGUCGAGGGUAAUGCAGAGGACGGGAAGAAGGUGGAGGAAGAAGAGGCAGAAGAGGAGUGGAAUGAGGAUGCGAUGGGGAAUCUGACUGUGGGGGCGAUCUUGACGCUCAAGAGGACGGUGCAGGCGCUAGAGGCGGUGGCUGCUGGGAAGGGGCAAGCGGCCUAG